GACAUUAGAACCCUGAAUCUCAGCUGGGAUAUUGCUACCUGAACGAAGGACAGCAUUUCUCACCUAUUGUGCUGGUAGUCCGUUUGAUUAAGGUCUGGCCAGUGAGGCAUAGGGUAAGGACCAUCCUUACCAGACAGCCCAGGUGGGGUGUGUUUCUGCACCUGUGUGCCCAUCCGCAAGUGAGUCUCAAUUGUUACCAGGAGACCUGGGAGGCUGAGGUGUUAUCUCGGGGGUUUUGAAGGUAUGCCAUUGUGAGUAGCAGUGAGUGUGUGGGCGUCUGGGAGAGGGGUCACCGCUUGCCUGGGGGUCACUGUGCUUCUGAUGAUACUGCAGGACCAGCCCCCAGCCCCCAGUAACCGCUUCCCCCGACCCAAGCAUCCAGGCCCUUGUGUCUCUGCUGCUCAGAAGCAUAACUUGAGGCUCUUCCCUGUCAACCCGCACCUCCCUUCUCCUGGAAGACCUGGUCCAGGACAGAAGGCUAGACUUGUUGGGGAGGGGCGCUGGGGGGAGGACGGCUAUCUGGGGCCCAAUUGGAAAGCCCAGCAACAGAGACAGUGAUGGAGGGAAGCUGGGGUCAGAGAGGAGGUGCAGGACCAGGAUUUCCAGUCCUCAAACCCUGACAACAUUAUACUUUGUUUCAGGCGCUGUUUCAGUCACUGGACUUGAGUAUCUAUGUGGACAGGAAAGGGGCGGUGGUCGUGAGCGGCUCCUUUCGCGCUUUUGUCUUGCGCGUCCCCGGGCACGUUUUCUGGACCCCCUGCAGGAUGCCAGGGACCAGCACUGAGCUAGCCCGCCCCGCCCCUGCCCCCCGGGAAGCCCGCGCCAAGUCACAACCCGGGAGGGGAGGGCAGUCCCGCCGCUGCCGCUCUGAAGGGUCUGCGCCAUCUGUGCGAGUGCGCAGUAGGGGGCGGGGGGCGGCGGGGUGGCGCUGUGGGGUCUCCGCGGGGAGGGCUGGGGCGCCCAGCCAAGAUGCGCGUGUGCGUUCUUGGCAACAGGGCGCAGGAGCUGCUGACUAGGAGCCCCUGAGACCAGAUGGUGUGCGCGCUGUGGAGCCCCUUGAGGAACCCGCGUCUCCCCUGAGGGCGGCCAGAGUCCUCAGACCCUUCUCAGCCUCGGGGCGACUCCUGGUCCGAGGAUUUCUCGGGCCACUGAGAGGACAGAAAACUGGAGGGGACCGAGGAGGACUGGGCUGUCCGGGUUAGGGGAUGGCUGGGACUCCUUCCAGGUCAGGUGGAAGAGGAACAGGGUUCCGGUCCCGAGAUUUUAGGAGAUUCCCUGGGCAUCUCCGGAGCCAGCGCUGCUUGGGCGCCAAGGACAAGCACUGAGCAAGCCCGCCCGCUCCUGCCAAGGGGCGCAGAUAGACCCGGGUCUGGAGGGAGCACCUGUAGUGUCACGAUGCUACCUCUCAGCACCAUCGAGGACCAGGAAACGGAGGAGGUGCAGACCAAGCCGCCGGAGAAAGGAGCCCUGCCUUCUGAGAACACUGAUGAUCCACCAAAGAAGCCCAUCAGAAUGAAGGGAACGAUGUUAUUCAGAGUCCUGCCGUUCUGUCCUGUGAUUCCCUGGACAUCUUCGGAGCCAGCGCUACCCGGGCGCCAAGGACAAGCGCUGAGCAAGCCCGCCCGCUCCUGCCCAGCGGCCCAGACAGAAGCUGGGUCCGGAGGGAGCACCUGUGGUGUCACGAUGCUACCUCUCAGCACCAUCGAGGGCCAGGAGACGGAGGAGGUGCAGACCAAGCCGCCGGAGAAAGGAGUCCUGCUUUCUGAGAACCCUGAUGAUCCACCAAAGAAGCCCAUCAGAAUGAAGGGAAUGAUGUUAUUCAGAGUCCUGCCGUUCUGCCCUGUGAUUCCCUGGACAUCUUCGGAGCCAGCGCUGCGCGGGCGCCAAGGACAAGCACUGAGCAAGCCUGCCCGCUCCUGCCCAGCGGCCCAGCCAGAAGCCGGGUCCGGAGGGAGCACCUGUGGUGUCACGAUGCUACCUCUCAGGACCAUCGAGGGCCAGGAAACGGAGGAGGUGCAGACCAAGCCGCCGGAGAAAGGAGCCCUGCUUCCUGAGAACCCUGGUGAGCCGCGGAAGAAGUCCACUGGAAUGAAGGGAAGACUGUCAUUCAGAGUCCUGCCAAUCUGUCCCAUGCCAAGUGUUUGCUUCACCUAUUACUUGGAACAGGACGACCCUGACUCUGAUUCCCAAUUUCCUCCUGAACCUUUGAAAACUGACCCAAAUUGCACCUUCGUUCCUCUGCCUGUGUUAGAGUUUCAUGAAAUCAAGGUGUGUGAAUGUCCCCUGUGCUGUCUCAGCUUUGUCACUGCUUCCUAAUACCUGAGCUCCCUCUGCUUCCUGCUCUUGACUCAGCACCCUGGAAUCAUGCAUGCUGGGCUACUGUGAUGUAAAGUCCCCAAAUACAGCUGCUUAAAUAAACCGAACUUGAUGUCUCUCUCA